CACUACUCAGCUUAACUCAAUGGCUCCAAAAGGAGAAGUUGCUGUCAGCAGUGGAGGCUUCGCCGCCUUCUCAAGAAGAUUUGUCGGCUGGAAGAAGGCGCAGGGACAGAGCAUGGAAGGACUUCAGAGAGCCAUGUCGGAUCUUUCAUUGCAGCUCAAAAAAGAAACCAUCGAUGACGCCCGAAAUCUUCCGCCGAUAUCAGAAGUGGAGAACGCUAACUGCGAGUGCUGUGGCAUGUCGGAGGAGUGCACGCCGGCGUACAUUAAACGAGUCCGGGAAAAGUUUUCUGGGCGAUGGAUAUGCGGGCUUUGUUCAGAGGCGGUGAAGGAGGAGAUGGAGAAGUUGGGAGGGAAGAAAGAGGAAGCCAUUAAUGCGCAUAUGAGUGUGUGCUCUAAGUUUAGUAGGGUUGGAAGGAAGCAGCCUGUGCUAUAUCAGGCAGAGGCCAUGAGAGAGAUUUUGAGGAGGUGUUCUUCUAGGAUGGGAGAUCCGAAGCUUGCAGCGGAGGCUGCGGGAAAGAAGAAUAAGGGAGGGAUUAUGAGGACUUCGAGCUGUAUUCCGGCUAUCACAAAGGAGACCAAACGGUCGGCUUUCAGUUAAUUAAUUGACUUAAAAACAUAGAGUACUAAUAAUUAUUUAUCACGUCAACGCAUCAUUAUGUAUUUGCCUAGAGUUGUGUUAAUUAUGGAAUUAUGCAUUAAUCUGUUUUUUCAAUUUUAGAAAAGUAAUUGAAAAAAAUGAAACGAUUAUCUUAAAUAUUCCAUCCCUCUCAUACUAUAUUUAAUGUAUUUUCAAUACAUUAUUAUAGUGAUUUCUGUAUCUUAUAUUGAUGAAAUUAUUCUGUGAGGUCACCGGAUGUUAUUCGAAGACGAAUUAGAAUGUCAUACAUUAUCGGUGCUAUGUACCACUAUGUACCGGAUGAUUUGGCUCAUUUUGAUUCGCUUUUUGACUAUCUGGUACUGCACAGAAUAAUUUCUCUUUAUAUCGAUUCAACGAAGGAUGGACAAACCUCACGUCAUUUGAUGAUGAUAAUGAUACAUUUUUUUCAUCAUCAUUUGCCCGUUAUCUAGCUUCCUACAAGGGGUAUCAUUCAGGAAAAAUAGACCUUAACAGGUUUUUUGUGCCUAUGCCUAGAGAUCAUUCAUCAUGGUGGUCAUGAAAAGUUCUUCAUUUACUAAAUUGUGAUGUCUAAAUGUAACCAAAUAGGCAAUUCUACCUAUCUUUCCAAGUCUGUACCGAGGUUGUAUCAGCUUUUAUGCAAUUUAUAAAGUUGAUUAUUUGCUACUUUCUCUUUGUA